AUGGCGUUCAUUGGUAAAAAUAUUCUAACAGAAAAGCUUGUUAAGGUGGGUGCAGAUAAUCUUAUUACUGCAAUGGUGGAGUUGAGGCUAGCAUUAUUUCAAAACAACAGAGGUCAGUUAAUCAAGGGAGUUAAUGAUCUUCCAUUAUGGAUAAUCUCAGAUAUUCUAUCUAGGCUUCCUUUAGAAUCGAUCUUGACAUGCAGAAUUGUUUGCAAGAGUUGGUAUUGCGUGACUCGACAUGACUGUUUCAUCAAGUUGCAACUCAGUAGGUCAAAAAAUCGACUUAUCCUUGAACCACUACGUUGGGGAGGGUCAAUCUUUAAUAUAAGUCAACUACCUGUGGUUGAUAUUGACGAAUGCAUAACUAGGCAGAUCCCAGUCGAGAAAGUGCCUUGGGAAGACUUCCAAAUCCUGUCUUCUUGCAAUGGUUUGCUCUGCAUUAAAGCUUGGAAUGGCAGGCCAGAUCCUCUGUGCAUCUACAACCCUAUUACAGGAGAGCAGAUGAUUUUGCCGUCAGGUUCAAGACGCCUGCCGUCGAGUUAUAUGGUUAGUUUGGGCUUUGAUUCCUCAACUGGAAAGUAUAAAGUUGUUCGGAAACGUGGAAUUAGAAAAGGUAAGGAAGUCAGCAGGUUUGAGAUUAUUUCCCUUGGAGAAAGUUCAUGGAGAGAAUUAGAUGUCCCCAUGCUUGAUUGGCAGGCAAGUAGUGUGGUAUUCUGCAAUGGGGUGUUUUACUGUCAAAUGCUGAACAGAAUUUCUCCUAAUUAUUGGAGUAUCCACAUCCUUGCUAUUGAUGUCAGUGAUGAGAAGUUUCAAGUCAUCUCUUUCCCCGACAAUUUUUCACGCCCUCGGCCAUAUGUGGAUAUGAUGGAUUUGGAGGGAAGUCUGACUUUAGCAGAGCAUGAUAGGCAUCUGAUGAAAAUAUGGAGAGUAACAGGAAACAAGGUUGGAGAUUUUUCAUUGAGUCGCCAACAGCGAUAUGAUACUAGUGUUAAGUGGACUUCUAACUUGCACUAUGAAACGAUUGGUAAAUUUAAUGACGAAAGUUACUUAUUAUGGGUGACCACUCGAAACCAUUCCAUAAGGGAUCUGUUCACUCAUUUUUCCCCUGAAGCACCAGAAGGGACUGAAAUGUACUCGCCUCUGAACAUCCCCGACCUUCCUCACUGCUUCAAGAAUUUCUGGUUCAAACCUAGCUUUGUUUCUCCUCUUGCAGCUGCACUAUGUUGGAGCUAG